CAUAAUUCCAGGCACAAAAGUAAGGAAUUGUAUGUGAAUUUGAAUUUCUAUAGUGCAAAACUCUACACUCUUUCUUCAUCUAUUUCAGCUAUUAAAGAGAAGAAUAGUGACUGGACUGAGUUUCUAAUCAAAGAGCUCACAGGUUCACGGACAGCACCGGCAAACCUGCUUGAAGGGCCGUUAAGAGGUAAAAACACAGUGGAUCUGAUUGUCGUAGGCUGUAUUUUGGAGGUGCGCGAUGCAUUUGAACCCAACGUGUACUGGGCAGCACGAGUCCAGAGUAACAUCGGUGGACGUUUAUGCCUCAGCUAUGUUGGAUUAAAUGACCCCGCCUACGAUAUGUGGAUGUUCUACCUUGACACCAGGCUCCGCCCCCUGGGUUGGGCCAAAGAGAAUAAUCUAUCAAUCAAACCACCCACAGAUCUGUGUGAUUUGAGGAGCAGCUCAGAAUGGACUGAAGCUUUAGAUGAAGCCACAGCCAAAGCCUUGAAAAGUCCCCUUCCACUGGAGGUCUUCAAGGAUCAUGCUGACCUACACACACACUCCUUCAGGGCAGGAAUGAAGCUUGAAAUGGUAUCACCCAAAGAACCCUUCCACAUCUGCCCCGUCUCUGUAACUAAAGUCUAUAAUGAUUACUACUUUCAGAUCACAGUUGAUAACCCCACACCUGAAGCCACGCCCACUUGCGUGGUGUGUCACGCUGACUCACCGGGCAUCCAGCCAGUGCAGUGGUGUCUGAAGAAUGGUGUUGGACUGGAGAGGCCACAAGGUUUUGAGUCCCAAGACUUCGAUUGGGCGGACUAUCUCAAACACACUGGCACUGAAGCCGCUCCAGACGUGUGUUUCCCAAAU